AUGCUCUUGGGCCCUGCGCUGGUAGGUGCCUUGGUUGGGCUGACGAUGAUUAGCUUUACAGUGAUUUUCCUCAACAUGACAUCCAGCCCACAUCUAGCAGACUUGUACACCAGCGGCAUCACUUGGCCGCCCUUUGGUCCAAAAGCCAGAAAGUACUGGGCUGGGACUCAUGUCUCAGAACGAGUCUUUGGGCUCACUGCAGUAGCAGAACCACUUGAGACAACCCGCGUCAGUGUACAAGCUAUUGGCAAGCCUAUGUUGAAUAGCACUUCUGCUGUCAUAGUGGAGACUCUCAGCCUCGCUGAGCCCGUGUACCCACAGGAAGUCGCCAUCACAGUAGAGGACACUGCUGCCACAGCCUCUUACAUGCUUCAGGUUUUCAAGUGGGGCAUUUUCCCUGAGUCCAUUACCAUCUCUGGAGACACCGCCUUCGGCAAGCGGUUCUCCCAGUGCAUUCCUUGGGGAUACCUCUAUUGGAACCAUACCGUCCACCUGCCCAAAGGGCUCUUGAUACUUGAAAUACGAGUUACUUACAGCCACUUUGAAAUGUCUUUCCCUUGGAAGAAGCGAUCCAACAAUUCAUUUGCCACUUACUUCGAUCCAGCGCUUCCUCGCGAAAAAUGCACCAUGUGGGCGAUUCCUUCUUGGGCGCAGGCGACAGUCGCGCAGGCCUCAGCACAUGGUUGCUUCUAUGGUCUACAGCCCCGUUGGUCGAGCUGUGGGCAGACUCGCCAGAAGAACACUGAAAGGUUUCUUCAAUUCUUCCAGGGCAACGUCUCAGGCAGGUUGUGUGCCUCCACCAUCGUUCCAGGUACAUCCAACCUGUCUAACCUGGUGUGCAGGACCAUGCUCCCAUCACCAGCAGCUUUGGCCAUCAAUGUUUCCGAGAUUCUUCCUCAAAAGAGCAAGGAUACACAGGCUAAGUUUACGAUGCCCUUGCGGAUGCCGUCAGGCUCUAUUGAUUUGGUUGGUGACGGUUCCUUGUAUCAGCCCCGAUUUGGUUUCACAUUUACUUUGCGCAAAAGGACCGUAGCAAAGACCUUCCUCGUUGCCACCGGCUUUGCUGAAAGUGUGGUGGUGCAUGGAGAAGGUCUCAGAUUGACCAUCGCAGACUGCGCCGCCUUGGCCCAUGCAACUGUCGUAGAGCUGACUGUCUUGUCUGAAGACCUUGAUUGCCAUCUCGAAAGUCUGUCGUUGGAGAACGGCACGAAGCUGGAUAUUAUUCCCACCGCUCGGAGGGUUUGUCAAAUCGACUCAAUGGCAGAGAUGUGCGAACAUGGCUGGAAACCCAGUUCUAGCUUCGCUCUACCUGUGCCAUUCUUCCGAGAGCACCUCCUCCUGCGCACUGCGGAUCUCCAGCUGGUUGGACAACCUACUUGCAAAUCCUUCACGAACUUUGGCGAGCCAUUUGAUGAUUCCGAGAAAAUGGCAGUGUCGCUGCGGUUGAACCAGGAAAGAUCAUUUUGGGCAUUCAUUUUGGGGCAAGAACUGCAUGUAGAGCCAAGCUCUGAGUCCUGUUGGAGGUCGCCAGAGCUGUGCGUCAUUGAUUUCCACCAAGCCUGGGCAUCCAGUUUGCACAAUGAGUCAUCAAAGGUAUUUGUGACGGUUGCUGCACCGGAGGACUACAACAUCAGCUGGAAGCGGGUGAUCCAAGUCUAUCAGGGACCAGAUUUGUUUCGAGAAGAGAAGGCUCUUCGUGCAGAGCGGGAAGCAACAACAACAGCACAUUUGUGUGUAGAGCCUUCCCUAAAGGUGACAAAGGAAUGCGGAGGUGCACUCAAGUCCAGCACGAUCCAAGCUAUGUUCGACAUAUCGAUCAAAUCCGAUAUUCGAUCAUUGAGGUUUGAGGCCAGCUUUUCCUGCAGCGACAGCUUCUUUCGCCAACAAAGCGUGGUCUUGGAAAUGACGCUCGCCAAUUGGCUAUAG